AUGGCACAUACAACCCCACUAAACCACCAGCAUACCUCCUCUGCUUCUUCAUCAUCAUCACGAUCUGCAACCACAAAUAACCAUGCCAUAAACUCAAAUAGAAUACCACUUCAACAGCCACCAUCAGCUUCCUGGACUUGCCCCCAGGGCCCACGGUCUCCAUCAUUGGCAUCCGUAUCAACGGAAUCUUCUUCCUCAGACAACUCUCAAUUCUCUGCUCCUGUUUCCCCACACAUGCUAGCACUGAACAGGCCCCCAGCACCCCCCAGAUCAUACUCAUCAUCGGCAACAUCAUCAACAUCCUCUAGCAUCGACGACUACUCCAAUUACUACUUGGCCAUGACCCGUAACGAUACCAGACCAGAUGCUCCUCCACCAGAGUACGGCAGUGAAUUUACAGUUGAGCCAUUGACAGUCAAAAAUAAACCCCCACAUGCCCUCCGCAUUCUGCUCAACUCUCCACUCACAAAACCCUUUGAAAAUGGUGAAAUCAUUCUCGGAACACUCCAGGUUGCUCCAAAUGACAAACUCCAUGUCUCAUCUCUCACAAUUACUCUUGAGGGUGAAGAAGUCACUUCCCGCGUAAGCUGGACUCAUGAACACAUUCUGAGGCGUCAUAUGAAACUCCGCGUUCAAGAUAUUACAAACCUCCCCCCAGAUACUCUGCUCCGUGCAGGCUUUCUAUACUCAUUCCCAUUUUCCAUAGAAAUCCCAGAGAUCCAAUCCUCAACUGCUUGUCGUGACAUUGAGGAUCAUGGCCACACUGUUGGCGAUUACCAUCUGCGAGUCCCACCAACCCUCGCACAUCCUCCCGAAUACCCAGUCCCAGCAAGCGACAUGCCCAACAAUGCAGCUCGCAUCACCUACAAAUUAACUGCUGUUCUCAAACGGUUUAGCCCCAAAACUGGUGAGCCCGUGGCAUAUGCUUCAACCCACAUUUACAUCAACAUUUCUCCCUCGUAUGCCGUUGCACCAGAAGACUUAGUUCCACCAGCUAUUCCCUUCAAAUCCUUUGUUGAGGUCACAAAACGCUCAGGGAAACUAUCCUCGUCUAAGAAACCCCUGGGUGUGGCCCAGCUGACUUUUGAUCAUUUCCCCAUCCUGCCUCUUUCCACAAAAACCGUUACCAUGCUGCCCCUCUCCAUCAAAUUCUAUCCAAGUAAAUCAGCCCCAAAUACCCCACCACCACCCAUCCGCAGGCUCUCAGUUUACCUCAAAGCCCGCACAGUAUACUCCAACGAAACUUCCUUUAAAACAUUGCCCACGAACUUUGGUGCCGUCCGCAAUUUACAAAUAGAAUCUCGCUUUAGCGAUGUCAUCGACCCAGCAAAGGGUCUUUCGCUCAAUGCCUCAAAAGAUUCCACAAACUCUCACCUGCCUCCAGGAUUCAAGGAAGUCUUUCAGACUUAUAUUGUUACUCAAAUGAAUACUUCUUGUGGGUUCCAGUGGCCACAGACCCCAGUCCCGGUUUCCCACAACUCCUCUCGCCAGGUCUAUGAUGCUUCAUUUGCAAUCCCCAUGGUCAUGCCUACAUCCCAUCAGCACGCAUUAAUCCCCAGUUACCGCUCCUGUUUUACCAUGCGCGACUACACUGUGGUUAUUUGUGCUGAGUUUUCUUCAAGCUGCAUCCUCAAUAUUGAGGUGCCUGCAGUCCUCGUCAAAAACCAAUCAGACGCGCUUUCUAAUGCUUCUAUCCCGGGAUACUCAUUACUUCCUGAGGUACCUAUUCCGUCUUUGGAAAAACCAAUUGAUCGGUCUUCUUUUUCAUCAUCUUCUUCUCCUACUUCUAAUUCCUCGUCCUCUUCCUCUUCUUCUUUUUCUGCAUUAUCAUCACCAUCUUCACCAUCGUCACCUUUAUCAGUCCAAACGUCUUCUCAUCAGCAUUCCCACCAGCAUCACAACACCCCUUCACCCGCUUCUUCAUCAACAAAUACCCCGACGCCAAGAUCACCGCGUGAUUUAUCUCCCCACUCUGCAUACUCGUCAAGCCAAGACGAUCUCUUGGUGAUUGACGCUUUUGAGCGCAAAGUACCCAAGAGCACAAUCCCUAGUUUACUUGCAUCCCGCCGAUAA